CCCUUUUUGGCCAAUAGAAAUACAUGCAACUUUGCCACCCUUUUUGGCCAAUAGAAUUACAUGCAAUUUUGCAUGAUUGACACUUGGCUAACAUACAUGAAUGUCCAUGUUCUAUAUAAGUGGGUCUUGUAUUUGGUGGAAGAUGCAAGAGAAGAUUAAAAACCUCUCUCAACUCACACACCCAAACCGGUCACCACCGCCCGCCGCCGCCGCUCUCCGCCGGUCGCCGCCGCCCGCCGCCGGCCACCACCGCCGAGACCCGGCUCACAUUCGCGUAUCUCUCGCUCGUGUAACUAGCAUUCGAUCGUUGAACCUCGGUGUCUCAACCGGUUAUUUACUAACCGAAGAUGUCAUCUGAAAACAACUCCUCUUUUGCUCUCAAGUCCAUACUUGAGAAAGACAAGCUGAAUAACACCAAUUUUCUUGAGUGGCACCGCAACUUGAGAAUCGUUCUCAAGAUGGCAAAAAGGCUUUAUGUUUUGGAAACCCCGAUCCCAACCGCACCCGAAAACAACACUGUGGUUGCGAAGAAGGCUUUCGACAAACAUAAAGAAGAUGCCAUGGAAGUUGCUUGCCUCAUGCAAGCCACCAUGUCUCCAGAUCUUCAGAAGAAUAUGGAAGACAUGAAUGCCUUCGACAUGAUUGAACAACUCAAGGGCAUGUUUCAGAAACAAGCCCGUCAGGAACGCUAUGACACCAUGAAACAGCUCAUAAGCUGUAAAAUGCAAGAGGGUUCCUCAGUUAGUGCUCAUGUCCUCAAGAUGAAAGGCUACAUCGACCAACUAAACAAACUUGGUUAUCCUCUCCAAGAUGAGAUGGCUGUUGACUUCAUUCUCAACUCUCUUUCCAGUCACUAUGAUCAAUUUGUUAUGAACUUUAACAUGAAUGACUGGGUAAAGACAGUGCCAGAGCUACAUGGGAUGCUCAAAACGGCAGAGAUGAACAUUUCCAACAAAGUAAGCCAAGUGUUAAUGGUUCGAUCUAGUGGUGUUAAAAAGCCCAAAACAAAGAAGAAAAGUUAUAACAACAAAAACAAAGGAAAGACUCCUGUUGCUGCCAAACCUGCCACCAACAAGAGCAAGCAAGCUGUGAAAGCCCCUCUUCCAGAAGAGCGGCAAUGCUAUGAGUCUCAAAGUGAAGAAGGCUAA